UUCUUUGUUUUGAUUUUAGUCUUUAUCAUUUAUUGCUUUGUCCCUCCUUAAUUAUUUAUGGCGACGGCAGUUAAUUUAAGGGCUUUGUAGUCUGGUGCAGCUCUCAUAUUCCAAUUAAAUUCCGGCAGUACCAGCAAUAACAAAUUAUUAAAUUCAAACUAAACAUUUCCAGGUCCAGAAAUAGUCCCUUAAAGAUUUCGGAAUUUGCCACGGUGUUCCACAAAUUAUUGACCUCCGAAAGUGAUAGUAAAAACCCAAAAGUAGUGACUCAGUGAGGAGGUCGUUCAGUUCAUAACAAAACCAAGCAAAACUAUUCAAAAGGCAAAGAAAAGAAAAAAUACGAAGUCCAACCAUUGCUGUGUGUGAAUCUGUGUGUUUGUGCGUACACACAGCUCGCCAGUCACUUGAACUAAAGAACAACAAGGGGGGAACAUUUUCUACCCUAACAAGGCACUCACACGCAAUCCAAAGAAAUGGCAACAGCUGCAGGGCCAAGUGAUACCAGUGUUUUGAAUAACACCACAGCGGCGACGCCGGUGCCCACAAAUCCUCAUGAAUUGGCGUUACAAAGUUUAUGCAAACAAAUUCUCAAAUCACGACUCUUUCGUGGUUUCUAUGAAGAGCGACGUUAUGUGGACAACGUCCAAGGUUACAGGGACAUUGUCAGCCUACACAAAUCGGAGAAAGAAUUGAAUAAACUACUCAAAGACAUACGUGACAAAUUGCAAAUGUUCUAUGCACAACAGAAUCCUGAUAUGUGGGUUGGUGUGACAUGUGGGCCGCUGGUUGGCAGCAAACCUACUCCCGGAGCCAUGGAUACAUUUAUAUGGGCAGAAAUUGAAGAUUUGGCAUUUGGUCAGUAUUGGUUUUCCAUAAAAUCUCUACGGUUUCGUGCCAACGAAGUAGUGGUGAAAUUGAAAGUGGUGCGCUCUGUAGAUUCUGAGGAAAUGUCAGAGAAAUAUAUCAAAACCUCAACGGUAUCAACGGAAACUGCCCAGGCAGACUCCACAACCACCGGUACUAAUACAGCAUCCGCAGCUGUAGAUGGUGUUGCGGAAAAAGAAGUGAAUUUACAAGAUUUUGCAAACCUCUUCCAGCAGUGGUAUGCUUCGUUUAAACAAACCAUCUAUGACUUUAUGGCCAAUGACAUUUCCAAAGAGAAUUUGAAAGGUGUUAUACGCUUCUUGGGUCUAGUCAUUGUCUCAUUGUGUUCAGGUGCAUUAAUGGCGGUGAAAUUUUUGGGUAUUUUCGCCAUACGCUUUAUGUUCGAAUUUAGCCGACUGACUCAUGUCCUAACGCCAAUUAUUUUGAAGAUAAUUGAAGUAUUUAAUAAAAUUGUGGGAGGUUUUUAUCUUCUACUGGCAAUGAUAUGGAAAGAUGCCGUGGUAAAUCGUAAUCAACCAAAAUCGGCAAUGCCAGCAUUGGAAUAUAAUCGACCCAUGUAUAAGAGUAUUCAGUAUGAUGUGCGACAGAGACGAUCUACAGGUGCAGCGGAUCAGCAAUGAAAUUAAAAACUAAAAUGGAUUGACAACAUUUGGUCAAAAGACAAUGUGAUUUCAACUGCAAUUUCUACUCACGGAGACUAUUCCUCGUUUAUUUCGGAAUUAAAGGACUUAUCCUAACUGAUCUAAAGAAUAUAAAAUGCUAAUAACUGUAGAAAAUUGUAUGUAGGCUUUUAAAGUCUGUACAACAUUUGGAUAAUAAUAACAUCAUUUAAACGAAAGGAUUAGGUUUUUUGCAUGACAAUACAAUAUAUUUGGCAAUUAAUUAUAUGGCUUUAACAACGAUUACAUUAAAUAGCUGGAGGACUACAAAAAUUCUAGUUGGAAUGUCAAAGUAUUUGAGCAAUAUACUUACAAAGCAAAUAAACGGAUAUUGGGUAUAGACUUAUGAAAAACUCCCAUCGUUUAAUAAAAGAAGAUCUUGUUUGUUCCUGUAUGACCAAGGCCUAAAUAAAGCCGGCCAGUAAGACCAUCUGGCUAUCAAGUUUGCUUUCUAAAACAUAAUUGUAAAUUGAAAUUUAAAGAAACUCAAAUCAUAAGUGGUCUUCUUGUCCGACCUCAUAUAGGCCUUGUAUAUGACGAAUAGGAAAGGAAAAUACCAUUCCAAAUGUGGCUUUCAAAUUUUUUAUGAAAUUCAAACAAAUCAAGUAUUCGAUAGUUGUUUGGGAUUGUGUUUAUCUUUUGCGUUCUUUUAUUAUAUAGUCAUAGAGGAACAGGCUCUUAAAAUCAUUUGCUAUGUGUGUGUAUAUAGGUCCCAAAAUACUUGCCUAACAAUCCGAACACUUACUUCUCCAGCUAUGUAUGUAUGAUAUUAUUUUUUAGUAAAAAUGUUUUAUUAUAAAUUAUCUCCUCUAAAUUUACCUUUUUAAGCAAGCAACAAUUUUGUAUUAAGACGAAAAAAUAUAUAAGCGAAAUUAACUGGAAUGUGGGUUAAAUUGUAUUUAUUAUUAAAAAACAUAUAAAAAUAUUAAAACAUUUAGAACAAUUUUAUACAAAACUCAAGUGGUAUCUUACACAAAAUAAAUGUCUAAACCUUCCUAUACACCUAUUUUUAUAUAUACUCUUUAGACAUAUUAUUUUCUCAUGCACCAUAUACAGUCUCUAUAAAAGAAUUUGUCACAAAAUACAAGUAUAAACUGGGUACAAUACUUACCUAAAUGGGUAUUUAUUGUGCAGAUUUUUUUUCAGAGAAAACAAAAAAAAUAUGUAAAAAUGUUGUGCUUAUAUUUUUAAUUUAUUUGUUAGGCAAAUAAAUUUUAAAAUGCAAAAGUUCAUUAAAAAUUGUAAAA